AUGAGCUACUACGGCAGCUACUACGGAGGCCUGGGCUACGGCUGUGGAGGCUUCGGUGGCCUGGACUAUGGCUACGGCUGUGGAUGUGGCUUCCGCAGACUGGGCUGCGGCUGUGGCUAUGGAGGCUACGGGUUCGGGUCCGGGUAUGGAGGCUACGGAUACGGCUGCUUCCGCCCAUCCUGCUAUGGAAGAUACUGGUCUUCUGGCUUCUAUUGA